CUUCCGUUCCGUGUGGCUUUAUUCGUACCCAGUACUCUAGGUAGUAUCGUCCUCAGUGUGAGAAAGUGAGAGAGAGCGAGUGAGUGUCUCUUGCAGGUACGAGUACCUAUCCCCAUGUAACAGGACUCAAGAUGCUCCGCUCAUGAUUCCCAGGCUAACCCGUUCUCGUAUGUUAGUCUACGACCUGGGGCCCUUCAUCGACCGCCAUCGCCAAACACGCGUGCCCAUCUCGCCUGUUGUCCCGAUCUAAUCAUCUAGCGCCGCUGCGCUUUCGCUUCUUUUUUCCACUCUAAAUCCAGGUGAUCCACGUAGCCGGGACUCGGGCCUGAAGCUUUCAAUUCCUCCUUCCCCACCAAACCACGAUAUUCUGUCAAGGGUCCAAGUGAUUCACUCACUCACUCACUCACUCACUCACUCGUUCACCUUGAGGUGGCCUCAGGUGUGCAACCUGGGCUUGUCAACGGCUGUAUUGGAAGGAGUCAAAAGGCGCUAACGAACGACCUUUUUCCAGGCUUCUAUUUUCUUUGACAAUAUAUUGAUCCAAGGGACCGGCCUCUUCUUUCCCUCCUUCAACCCUUCAACCUUGUUCGAAUCACACCGUUCCACAACAGCUUCAACCUCAUCGUCACCCUCAACCGUUACGCCUCAUCUUCAAACUCACGCUCCAUUGUCACUCAUAUUCACGCUCAUCCCCCAAUUCUUUCUCUCAUCGCACUUGUAUUCACGAACCGCCUUUGAAUACACAUUCCACCGCUCGAAAUAUCCAUGCCUACAAUGGACACUGCUACCGAGUACCAGACCGCUGAGCGGUUCCACGGCAUUUUCAAGCCGACCGAGUCUCCCCAGUGGACCAAGCCGUACAACCAUCUUCCUCUGCUCAUCAAGGAUGGCUUCAACCUCCAGACCCUCCUCUCAAUCGGCGCCUUGAUGCAGUGCUUCCUCUUCUUCAUCAUUCCUGCCAAGUACGCCGUCAUUCCGGCUUUGGCCAUGAGUCUCAGCUCUAUUGUCUCGACCAUCCUCGAUACUCGCUCCGAGAAGUCCAACCCUUUCAUGAAGGGCGUCGUCCGUGGUCGCACCAGCGCUCAGUUCCCCGAUCCCUCCACUGGCGCCAUCCCCGCUGUCGCCGCCUCCCAGUCCCUCGUCGUCUUCCACCUCGGUGUCCGCUUCAACCAUCCCAUGGGCCUCCUCUGCCCUGGCGGUCGCGAAAUUGGCCAAUACUUCAGAGAGAUGAACAAGGACCUCGCCCAGCGCGCUUCCGAAUACGGCCUCUACCACGUCUCCAACUGGCUCGGCGCCGACGGCCCGCGCAACAACUCCCUGCUCAAUAUCUACUACUUCCGCGACGUCGAGGGCCUCAACAAGUUCGCCCACGACCCCAUCCACCGCAAGGGCUGGGAUUGGUACAACGGCAUCAAGCAGCAGUACAACCACAUUGGCAUCUACCACGAGAGCUUCGUCACCAACGCCGGCCAGUACGAGACCAUCUACGGCAACAUGAAGCCUCUCCUUCUUGGUGCCGCCAGCGUUGAGUGUCAGAGCGAGGAGACCAAGGAUAAGGUCUGGGUCAACACGCUCGUCGACGCCAACGUCGGUCCCCUUCGCGGUAUGAUGCGCCGCAUGGGCAAGAGGGAUGCUCCCCUCGCACACUAUGCCUAGUCUUCUAGGUCUUGUGUCUUCUUCUUUGUCUUUCUCCCCAAAGGCGGGCACUGGAAUAGAUGUUCCAACGCCUGCUUUCCUGACUCGAGGGUAGCAUUGGGCGGUGUUUGGCGUUAGGCUACGGCCUAGGUUACAUGUGUUCAUCAUUGCGUUUUCAAAGGCUGGUGAGCCUCAUCAUCGGAGUGGUAUUUUUCGAAGACCGCCGUGUCUUCUUGUGACCAAUUCACGGCCACAUUUCUUUCCUGUACAUACUUUCAAUAAGCCACGCGGCACAGUCCCCGAAUCAGAACAAGUUCAAAGUACAAGCUCCAUCGCCAGACGCGCUCUCGUGCCUCGUAAACAUUGCUCCUUCUUCCCCUGUCAAACAAGCGUUGAUCAUGGUCCCUUCCGCGACCAGCUUGAAGUAGCCUGCGCGAUAGAACGAUAGACUUCCUUCUUGACCAGCAUCGUGCAAUAUCAAACCUUCAAUACACGGGGCCGGGUCCGUUCCGGCAGCAUUGUAGGCGGGAUGGGUACCUAUCGGGAGCAGGAUGCUACCUGCUGACAGUUCAUGGUUGGGUUUGCCAUUCCCAUCCCAGGUCCACUCGUCUGGACAAACAAUGAAGGUGCGAAUUCUAGGAUCGAGGGAUCUCAUUCUGAUGCCCUUGACGUGGCCGUCGCUCAACACUGCUUCUCCUUUCCAGGAUAUGGCACUCUUCAGAAGGCAACCUUGGAGCUGUAGACGGGCACUCUUGAGCUGUCCCGUCGUCACCCCGUCAUGCCCCUCCACGUAGUGCUUAAUACUCUUGAUAAGAGCCUCUCCUUCAAACACUUUCCGCCCGGC